UUCUGUAAUACACCAUCUAACGAAAAGAUGUCAGAGUUUGGAAAACACAAGAUCUGCAACAACUAGUGAGUAUACAAUUUAGAAACAAUGGUUGGAGCUCCUUGGUUACUGCCAUUUCUAGGUAGUCAUGCACUGCAUCUACCACCUAGUCGUCAUCUCUUGCCAGAUUCGGCAUUGGCAUCACGUACCCAGCAUCCUCACCCCAUGGAAAAUGGUAUGAACCCAGAGUCGAUCUUCCCCACCCGAAGUCCACCUUUGACGCCGGUGAAGAAAAUGCCAACAUGGCGUUGUCGAUGUAGGAAGCGUCCCGCUAUAGCCGAUGCUCUUCGCGCUGGCUGCGAUGCCAGCAUACACGCCACGCCAAAGGCUUCAAUGACACGUUGCCUACAAUGUAUAAAGUCUUUGAUACGUUUUCCCAAUAGCGUAUUCAGCGUUGUACGUUGUCUAUAGUAACACGGGGCGGAGAUUAUGGCAUUUGCCUCUUUGUUUUCGUUGGGUUUAUGUAUGCAGAUGUUCCGAGAUUGGGCUCGUGGGCGGACUGCCAGUGAAGCCUGGCGUUAGUCGGGGAUGAAGAGUCGGGGGCUGCACUCCGACGGAACCACCUCGUCCCUUUUGUGGUGGCCGUUGAUGUCGUCGUGGCCAACCAUGAUGAUCUGGCCGGAGUGUAUAGAGGUUGGCUACUCGUGUUGCAGGGGGCUGGAAAGCACUGCAUGAGGCUCUUCCUGGUUGGUGAUGGCGUCGCGCAUGGAAGCACCCGUGAGGCUCCAUAGCUUGGACUACAGCCGAUGAUGGUGAAUUCCACGUGGGUGACGGCGAGCACGUCGCCGCCGGUGUUGAAGCAGUCCACGGGGUGGCGGAAAAAUAGGAUCUUGGGUUUCGGCUGCAAGUGAUAUUAAAAUGGUGAAGAACAUAGAGAGAGAUUGGGUUCCACUAAGGUUUUGGGCCUUUAUAUAAGUGGCUAUUGGGCCCAUUAGGUUUCGAUGCAUGGGCAAUGGCCCAUUUUGCAAAAAUAAAAGGCAUUAAAUGUUGGGUCAUGGAAUAAAUGUGAAAAUUGGGCCAAUUUAAGCCCUUAUGGCCCGAUUUGAAUUAUUUUUUGAUUGGGCUUGGAACUGAUUGUGUUUUUAU